UUCGUUUAUUGCCGUGGAGUUUUGUUUAUUGCCGUGACACAUUUGGGCCACUGUAACUUAUCACUUCAACGCGUCUUCAACGGGAGAUGAAAAAUGCUAUCAAAACGCCAAAAGUUUCGAGCCAUUUUUAUUUUUUCGGUAUGUAGCUUACUCGUCAUUCUUUUCAAAUAUGAGCCCGGUAGAAAAUGAUGAAGUGGCACACAGUUAAUGAUAUAGAGGACCGAAUCGUUAGUCAAGAUACCAAUAAUAUUGCUCUACAAUUGACUCCGUCGAGACGAAAUUUGGUUUUAUUCAUUGGUAUCAUAAGUGCUCCGUCUAACAAUGAACGAAGAACAGCAGGAAGAGAAACAUGGAUUAAAGAAUGCACCAAACGAUCUGAUGUUGUUUGUAAGUAUUUCACUGACAGUAAAGAUUCAAGUGGCAAUUUGAUUCAGGGUGAAGAAAAAGAGAAACUUGAUGAUGAAAGUCAGUUAUAUGGAGAUCUUGUUCGUACAGAAACUCCUGGUGGGCUUUCAUUUUCGGUAAAGCUACUCUGGAUACUUCAGUGGGCAAAUGAUAACUACGAUUUCAAAUAUUAUUUGCGACUUGAUGAUGACUAUUUUAUUUGUUUGAACAAGUUGAUGUUAGAAUUGGCGAGUAAUGAAAGACCAAAACACAGCUUACAAUGGGGAUGGCUACACUGCGAACUAUACGAUGCAACAUUCCUGGAUGAGUCUUUUCUUCUUUUGACUUCUGACAUUGUCGAAUCAUUUUAAAAGGAAAGACAGUUUGAUGUGCCUUGUUUGGGAAAGUCAGGCUGUUGUCUAUUGGUUAAAAGCUAUCACAAAUCUAACAACGUUUUCUGAUAAUGGGAGGCUAGUUCAUCUUCGGUCUUCUUCGCCUGAUUUCCGGUCAGAUAAUGAUGUAAAGAAAAGAAACGAAAUUUGUCGUUCAAUUAUUGGUAUUCACCAAAGUUACCCCGAUCAAAUGAGGCUCUACUGGAGUGUUUAUGAGAGGGAAGAUAAUAGUACAUACUAUGAAAUUCCUAAAGUCGUAUACAAUUGUCAUUUUCAAAUCAACGUGAAUUACAUGGUUUGGAAAGACAAUAAACUGUGGUUUUCUGAACCUAAGCCAUGCAAAGACAAUCCUACGUGGAGAAAGGAAAGUAAAUAUUUCGGUAGACGUGGAGCGUAAAGGUACAGCAGAGAGCACAUAAUUUACUUUUUUGUAAUGAUUGUGAAAUGCAAAUGUGUUUUUUUUUUAAUAAAAUAUGUAGUGGACUUGGCCAGUAGCGUAGCCAGACCACAAGUAUCAGUCUUGCAUUUUUUGCAUUGCAUCUUUUGAAAUGCACUGUUUUCACAGUGCAUGUGAACUGAAAAAAACCUGUAAAUGGCAAAUAAAAUAUGUGGACUGCUUACGCUACUGGACUCAGAAAAAAAAAGGGCUUAGAGAUGUGAUUUUUUUUUUUGUUCUUUAUCUCGGUGUAUUUUGUUGGAACUCUUAUCUGUAAGCAAUUUUUUUGCCCUCUUUCUGUCAGUGGCCAAAGCCAGUCCAAUGCAAUCCAAAAUUAGUUUCAAAAACACAAAAUUCAUCUUGUAAUUUGGAUGAGAGUGUAACUAUUUGUGUUGAUAAUGAUAAUGAUAAUGAUGAGUUGGAUGAAUUAUUCAAACCAAGUGAUCUAAAUAAUAUUUCAAUGAUUUGA